AUGCGACAACGUCGCUGGGUGGAACUCUUAAACGAUUAUGAUUGUGUAAUCAAGUAUCAUCCAGGAAAGGCUAACGUUGUAGUUGAUGCCCUGAGUCGAAAGGAAACAAAACCCAAACGUGUUUGCGCUUUGCAGCUCAUCAUUCAUUCUAAACUACCUGAUCAGAUCCGUUCUGCACAAACUGAAGUGUUGAAAGAGGAAAAUAUUGAAGCAGAGUAUUUACGGGGCAUUGAAAAGCGACUGGUAGAGAGAUCUGAUGGCAUUCUCUACUUCAUGGAACGGAUAUGGAUUCCCUUGUUUGGUAACCUUAGAGAGCUUGUGAUGGACGAAGCACACAAGUCUCGAUACUCUGUUCACCCGAGCUCGGAUAAGAUGUAUUAG